AUGGACAAUCGUCCACCGAGUUCCCAGGCUGAGGACGAGACCUGCCAGCCCAGCUCCUCAGGGUACCCCCUGGAGGUGACUGUCUAUGAAGAAAUCCCAGGACCGUCAGCCCCCUGGGCCGGUUGCACCUCCCCGCCUCAGCGCCCCGGCGGUAAGAGGAAGAGGUCAGUGGCGUUCAGAGCGGAGGUGAAGGGCGACCCGGCCGCUGAGGCCCAGGACACCUGGGUCGUGGAGUGGCUGAUUGGGCUCAAGAUGAAGCUGAAGCGACAGCGGGUGUCUUCAGUGCUGCCUGAGCACCACGAGGUCUUCAACAGGAUGCUCGAGGAUCCCGUCGUUAAGAAAUUCCUUGCCUGGGACAAAAGGCUGGAAGUAUCUGACAAGUAUCUCCUGUCGAUGGUGAUAGCUUAUUUUAGCCGGGCCGGGCUCUUCUCCUGGCAAUUCCAGAGAAUCCAUUUCUUCAUAGCUCUCUAUGUGGCCAGCGACAUGGAAGAGGACAACCAGGCUCCCAAACAGGCCAUCUUUUCGUUCCUCUAUGGAAAGAACCGCUCCCAGCGUCCCUUGUUCCACAAACUGCGUUCCCAGUUCAUCCGUUCCAUGGGCUGGAAGACGAGGGUCACUCGAGAAGAGUGCGAGCAGAUCCAGGCUUUUGAUCCAGAGCUCUGGGUGUGGGGAAGAGAUCGCGCCCUCUUGCCCCAGGGGCCCCAGGAGCACGCAGGCCUCACGUCAUCGGCCUGCGCAAAGAUCACAGAGCCCAGGAGAGAUGAGGAUGUUCAACACGAGGGCACUCCAGACAGUGAUGACAGCUGUGAGGAAGGAAGGGAGAAAGCCUCUUGUGCAGAUAAUCGCGAAGAACCCAGCACCUUCUAG